AUGGACUACAGGUCGCAAUAUACAGCAAAGGAGGAAUACGUGGCCAAUGUUGAUCAGACAUUGAGAGAACUUCAAGAGAGAGUCCAGCAACAUGAAAAUGAGUUGGACAAGAUUCGUUCAGAGCCCAGCCAACCCCCAGUGUCUGCGACUGAACAGGCGCGUCUCAUACAAGUGGCUCUCAAAGAGGUGACAGUGUCGGAUCCCUUCCUCCCCUCGCCAGGGUCGCUGUUACCGACACUAUUGGCGUUUCGCAAGACUCACCAAACCAUUCAAGAGUCCAAAUCCUAUCUUGCCUCUCAACGAGCAGGCCAUGAACAACUGUCGCGUCAGCUUGAAGUGGAUGAAGCGCGCCUCAAGGAUCAAAACCUCCUUGGCGAUGCUCUGGAUGCGCGUAUCUUGUCGUUACGCGAUGAAGUGGAUGCGGGUACUCACGUUAGCCCGGGAGAAGGGGCAAAGGAACUGUUGCAAGAACUCAGGGCUAAGAAGAAGUCUUACGACAGAGAGACGUCAAAACUCAUGAAAGUUCUCCUUCGAUUCAUCGAUAAUCAGCUGGCGCCCAUGCUUGCGGCAGAAGAGCUAGGAGGGCCUGUGGUUGGGGAUCUUAUAGGUAUUGAUGGAGAUGAUUUGGCCGCCGGAUUUAAUGCACAAGGAAAACUCAGGAAACCAAAGGACAGUGACGAUAAAGAAGAUAAACGGCAACGCAGAAUCGAUGAGAUUUGGGGGCAGGCUACUAAUCAAGGCACUGGGCGUCAGGACGAGAUUGCAGCUGCAGCUGCAGAGAUGAAGCAACUGACAGAGGAGCUUCUCAACACGCUUGCUGAAGCUCAAGGCAAUAACUCAGCAUCAUAUGUACAAUUGUCGCGUGAAACUGCGGCUGCACGGUUCUUGGUGAGGUCCAAGGUUGCACAAUUUCAUCCUAAAGAUGCAACAAGGCUCAAACUGGUGGACUUCGGGCGAGAAUUGGAACCCUGA